AUGUCUUCACGUUUGAUGCACCUUUGUGUCAUUUUGACUCUGUGCAGUUUGAGCUGUGGCUUCAGCUGCCGAUGGAUGAACCUCAAAUUCAAACAGCACCAUGGGACAUGUUUAGGACUGCUUAGAGAAAUGGGAGAGGAAAUCAACAUCAACUCCUCCAUCCCGGAUAACUGGCAUCACUGGUUCUUUAAUCACAGCCAUACUCAGCCUGAGAAGCAGAUCUGGUUCAUCGUUCAGACUCUGGACGAGGUCUCGCGGCUAUUGGAAGAGCCGGACUCUGUGUCCUGGAACAAGGACAAGCUGGAAACUUUCUUACAUUUGCUGGAUCAGCAGGCCAACGGACUACGCUCAUGUCUUGAUCACAAAAUGAAAAAGAACAAACGAUUGCCCUUAUACUUCAAAAGACUAAGAGAUCUCACCAAGAACGAGAAGCAGGAGAAGAACGAGGCCUGGGAGUGGAUCAGAAAAGAGCUGCUUCAACUCUUCGGGCUGUUGGACUUUUUCCCUGCUGUCUCUGGGAAUCUUGCUGCAAACGACAAUCAAUCAUAA